AUGUUUUCCGUGAGGCUUGGUUCACGGGAAGCAGUUGUUUUAAACAGCGGAGAGGUGGUUAGACAAGCCCUGUUACAAAACUCUCGACAAUUCUCCGAUCGACCACCGAUGUCCGCGUCUGCAAUACGAGAAGUUCGGAAAUUCAGCAUUGUCUUCGGAGAAUACUGCCCCGCUCAUGUUCUCAAGAAGAGGUGCGCCUUAAAAGCAAUUCACCAAGUUGUGCUCAACAACAUGGGACAUUUCAACAAAAUCGUUCACGAUGCAUUUCUGGAUUUCAAAGCAGACCUGGUCAACAAAGAAGUGCAAACCUUCAAGCCGUCCAUUCACCUUAAGUUAGCUGUUAUAAAAAUUAUCUUUAACUUCACUUUCGGAGAGGGGCCUCGUAAUCAGCAGCUCUCGAAGGAGCUGCAAAAACUUGUAGUCGACUCUGACGAAUUUACCGAAAGCAGUGCUGCUAGCGGUCUAGUGGAUUUUCUUCCUUGGGUUAAACCCUUUGUUCGGAAGCAGAUUGCUACAGUGGAACACUCAGUGGAAGUGCUGAUUGAUUUCGUGGACAAGGUGUACACUUCCCGUAAACAGAAAGCUGCGAAUGACUCUUGUAUUGCAUUUUGCGUCACGAAGCUCUGGGAAGAAAAGGCAAAGAGGAAACCUAACGAGGACGUAAACAUGAAUUUAGAGGUGGAAGAACCAAGCGAUCUUUCCUAUUCAUCACCAAAAGGCAAACCAGUCGACAAUGGCGACGAGGAAAUUGUCAAAAUGAUAUCAACUGACGUGUUUGGCGCUGGCCUGGAGACGGUUUCCAAUGCCCUAAGCUGGGCCAUGGCUUACAUCGUAAACAGCCCGAAGAUUCAGCAAAGCCUGCAUCGAGAGUUGGAUAGCGCUGUUGGGCGGCUCCGCCUUCCUACCAUCCAAGAUAAGCCAAAGAUGCCUCUUCUACAAGCUACAGUGUUGGAGGUUCUUCGCAUUACUUCCUUGGUACCACUUGCUUUGCCUCAUCAAACCUCAGAGGAAACAAAACUAUGUGGGUACACGAUCCCAAAGGCCACACUAGUCAUUGUCAAUCUGUGGGCAGUGAAUCAUGACCCUCGCGUGUUUGAGAACCCACACGUGUUUAAUCCUUACAGAUUCUUGAAUGAGGACGGAGAGCUCUGCCAAAAGAAGACCAAGUUCCAGCUGCCUUUUUCGAUUGGAAGUCGUCGCUGUCUUGGAGGCACGUUGGCUAAAGCAGAGAUCUUUUUGCUGCUAGCUUGUUUAUUGCAGCACUUUGAGUUUUCCAGCGCCACUGGAGGUAGCGUUGAUUUGGAAAGUCAUUUUGGACUCACUUUACGUCCAAAACCUUUCAGUGCUUGCGCUCGUCUUCGCUGA